GACUUGGACACUCUUCUCCCGGCCGGGUUCCUGGAUCGGACGAAGGACCGCGGACUCGUCCUGAAGUCAUGGGCCCCACAGGUGGCGGUGCUGAACCACGAAUCAGUAGGCGGGUUCGUAACGCACUGCGGCUGGAACUCGGUGCUGGAAGGGGUGUGUGCCGCUGUGCCAAUGGUGGCGUGGCCACUGUACGCGGAGCAGAAGAUGAACAGGGUGGUGCUGGUGGAGGAUAUGAAGGUGGCCUUGAGGAUGGAGGUGGCGGAGGACGAAUUCGUAGAAGCGGAGGAGGUGGAGCGGAGGGUGAGAGAGCUGAUGGAAUCGGAGAAAGGGAGGGAAAUACGGAAGGUGGUUGAAGAAAUGAGCGUGGAGGGUAAGGGUGCAAUGAUGGAAGGAGGUUCCUCCAUUGCAGCACUUGCGAAGCUGCUCCAGUCCUGGAAAUGUGUUUAAUUACUGUUCAGAAUUUCUUUAUUAUGAAUAUUAUUUCUCUUUUAUUUUAGUUAAUAAAUUUUAUGUUAAAAAAAAUUAUAACUACCCUCUCUCUAUAUAUAUUAAAUGAAAAUGAGAUCAAAUAAAGUUUGAUAUAGA